AUGGCACAACCACCUCCAGGACCCGGAGGACUCUACAGAGCUCCACCUAUAUACAGAUUCGCUGGUACAGCAUUGGGAGCAAGCAUGUGGUUCUUCUUGAUGUAUCGCGCGAAGAAAGACGGUCCUGUAUUCUUAGGCUGGAAGCAUCCUUGGGAUCAUUGA